GGACGACAUGACGUAUCGUAUGAUUGCAAAUCAUUUGACGUAUUAUUUUAUUUAUUAAUGAUUGAUUUUAAUCGACCAAAAAUUGUAAUUUAAAGCUAUACUGAAGAAAUAAUAAGUGUAUGGUUGCAGUGAUAAUCACCGACACAUUGCAAUAUUGUAUGAGUGCGUUUUUGUGCUAAGACAUGGCUAAAACCAAAGUUACAGGAGCUACUAGCAGGCUGAAGCAAGAUUACCUUAGGCUGAAAAAUGACCCCGUUCCAUAUGUGACGGCAGAACCAGUGCCAUCAAAUAUUUUAGAAUGGCAUUACGUCGUCAAAGGCCCAGAAAAAAGUCCUUACGAGGGUGGCUACUACCAUGGAAAAAUCAUAUUUCCGAGGGAGUUCCCUUUCAAACCGCCAUCAAUUUAUAUGAUUACACCGAACGGACGAUUCAAGACGAAUACUCGACUGUGCCUUAGCAUUACAGACUUCCAUCCCGAUACAUGGAACCCAGCGUGGUCAAUAUCUACAAUUCUCACUGGUUUGCUAAGCUUCAUGUUAGAAAAAACACCAACAUUGGGCUCUGUUGAAACUUCAGAUUUCCAAAAACGUUGCUUGGCGGCAGAGUCUUUGGAGACAAAUAUAAAAAACAAAAUGUUCUGUGAGCUGUUUCCGGAUUAUGUCCAGGAGAUUGAGCAGCAGCUGAAACUGCGGCAGGAGGCCAUGCUGCAUGCGGACACCACAGCUCCUAGCCCAGGUGAGACGACAAAAUAAAGCAGACGGCGGGAAGCAGCAUAUAAAGGCAGUUUUCUCCUCAUUCAGAUAUUGUAACAAGUUCUAAGCUAAACUGUUGGAUUGUAUAAACUUAUUGCAAGUGUAGUUACCAGCUCUUUAACUUUAAAAUUAUAUCUCUCAAUAUCAGUUUCACAUCCAAUUGGAGAAGCAUAGAAAGAUCUCUUUUGUUCCAAAGUGCUAUUUCACUUUUGCAACUUUGUUUAGUGUAAAUUAUAUGUGUAACAUUGUAGUGUAAAGAAUAAAAACUUUGUUUUAUAAUACAAUAUAUUGGGCAAGCACUUUUCAUUGUUACUGUAAACAUUUGUAUUCACACAUUCAUAGGUUUUAGAAUUCUUUGUGAUGAAUAGCUAGGUAGUGUGUUUUAAAUUAGUGGAAGUAAUGUAGUAUAAUGUGAUACUUUUUCACUGUUGCAAGUAUUCUCAGUUAAUAUUGCAAAUAGCUUUUAGUGUGACAGACAUUUGUCAAUAAUGGUCAAGUUAUAAACUUACAAAUAAAUGUAAUGAUUAACUAAAAAUCGCAGUUUACUGACGUGAAUAUAUUGAGAAAAGCUCUACUA